AUGCAGUUCAAUCUGGCGACACCUAAAAGGGACAGCCAUUGCCAUCCACUGCAGACUCGGGUGCAAGUCGUGGUCAACUUUUUGCGACAACGCCUGCUGGUCGCGAUGAUGGCCAAGAAGGUACGUAAGGAUGCCAAGCUCGCUCUCCAAGAAGCCCUCGAGUGUACCCUCGACCGUUCUACGCAACCUGGUUCACCCCUUUGUCUUGAUGAUGAUGAGUCUACCCAGGCUGUCGAGCUGUUUGACGAUGAAGAAAUUGAAAUACAGAUUUCAUUCGAUUUCGAUCUACAAUCGUCUCUCACACGGUUUUCUUGUUGGACUGGAGCGCUCUCUAAGGACUUUGGUCCUGACAUGUCCGUCCGAUAUCCGCGCCCAGUAUUUGAGUACUUUUCCAAGUACAUCUGGUUCGUGAUCGUCUCUCUAGCGUGGUCCUCUGUCUGA